UCCCCCCGCUGCUGCUGUAGCCUCAUCUCACCCUGGCUGCUCCUUUCCAGCUGCUGCCGCCGCUGCCUGGCUGCCGGUGUCUGUCUUUCUUAUUCCGUACAGUAUAAUAUUCAAUGUAACACCAUGACAGGCAUUGCCGCUGCCUCUUUCUUCUCCAAUACCUGCAGGUUCGGGGGCUGCGGACUUCAUUUCCUCACUUUGGCCGAGCUCAUCGAGCACAUCGAAGACAACCAUAUCGAUACAGAUCCGAGAGUUUUAGAAAAACAGGAACUGCAGCAGCCCACAUACGUUGCCCUCAGUUACAUCAACAGAUUUAUGACUGAUGCGGCACGUCGGGAACAAGAAUCCCUGAAGAAGAAGAUGCAGCCAAAGCUGUCACUAACCCUGUCAAGCAGCGUGUCGCGUGGAAGUGUCUCCACACCUCCUCGCCAUAGCAACGGCAGCCUUACCCCACCCGUCACACCCCCCAUCACCCCGUCCUCGUCCUUCCGAAGCAGCACUCCUACAGGUAGCGAGUAUGAUGAAGAAGAAGUGGACUAUGAAGAAUCGGAUAGCGAUGAGUCCUGGACCACAGAAAGUGCCAUUAGCUCGGAGUCUAUCCUGAGCUCUAUGUGUAUGAAUGGAGGAGAUGAAAAGCCUUUUGCCUGCCCUGUCCCUGGGUGUAAAAAGAGAUACAAGAAUGUGAAUGGUAUCAAGUACCAUGCCAAGAAUGGUCACAGAACACAGAUCCGUGUGCGCAAGCCGUUUAAGUGCCGCUGUGGAAAGAGCUACAAGACUGCUCAGGGGCUCCGGCACCACACCAUCAACUUCCACCCUCCACUGUCUGCCGAGGUGAUCAGGAAGAUGCAGCAAUAAUGACGCCGCUGGUCCCCACUGUGCCAACAACCGUCACCAGCAGUUGCUGAUUUUUUUCAGAACAGCCAUCGUAUUUUUUGAAGGGCAAGUGUUUUUCAGCCCUUUUAACAAAAAAACAAAACAAACCAAAAAAAAAAAAAACAUACACUACAGAUUGAAUGCAUGCUUUUAAUUUUUUUUCAUGUAUUUUGGAAUGAUGUAUCUUUGUAGAGUUUGUGUUUUUGUACAUUUGCACAUUCAGCUAUCAUACCUAUUUUUCAUUACUUUUGGCAUAAGGUGCUAAUUAUCCAUGUGUGUGUGUGUGUGUGUGUGUGUGUGUAUAUAUAUAUACAUAAAUACACACACACAUAUCAUAUACAUAUACAUGUGCACACACACACACACACACACACGUGUGUGUGUGUGUGUGUGUGAUACAUUAUUGUAUAAAAAAACUGGGAAAGUUUCAACUGCAGCUCGGUGGCCUAACACAUGCUCUGCAGGCAGACUAGUAUUUUUGCAGGACAGAAGUCAUGCUUGUUUGAAAAAAGGUUGGUCGAGUUUAAAGAAUUUUCUAAUACUGGGAGAAGUUACAGUAAAGGUCUACAGUAUAACACACCGCGCCACGUGCCUGUGAUGCAACUGAAAACCGGAUUGGUGGCUAUUUUAGCGAUUGUUGUGAGUAAGCUAGGGAACUGACCAAUGAGCACUCUGCGGUCUAUGACAUCACGUGCACCUGCCACCACUGGUGUGAAAGGUUGUGUCGCAGAGAAAGCGUCACAUUAUCACAGGACAAGUCGCGUGGGGUCCAGUAUGAAUAGCCCUUUACAGUUGUAUUUAGGGUUAAUAUACUGUCUGAAUCUUUAAAUUCAGAUCCCAGUCUUCAUUCCAACACAGUAUCCCAGAGUUGCAAGUAAACACUUACUUGGAUUAAUAGAAAAAUCUGAAUGUUUGUAAUAUAACAUUGAUAAUUACCUUAUAUAUAUAAAUAUGUAUAUACUUUCAUAACCUGAAAAAAAGGAUUCAUUUCUAAUUUUUAUUUUAUGCUGUAUUACACUUUUAAAAUUCCCUUGUGUAUGCUUUAAACUUUGUAAUAAGGACACUUCAAUAAGAAUAUGAAUAGUUAUCUGAUAUUACUGAAAAACAAACAAACUAUGAGGUAUUUCUGUUUAUCUAUGCUCCAAGCAGAUCUCAGGUCAGUAUCAGUCAGCAUUUGAGGACCAUGAUCCUUGCCCAAACCACCAGAUACAGUAUUUAGAAUUCACUGUUCCAUUUUUUACUCCACUCACUCGACCUGAAAUGCUUUUAGUACCAACUUUUUCUAUUAUUAUUAUUUCUGCUACCACUUACAAUGCUCUCUCAUGGAAAAUGGAACUAUUUCUUCAUCACAGCAGAUGAAGUGUUUAAGCACUUUGUAGGUAAACUAUUGCCAGUAGAGUUUUAAAUUGUUGUGUUGCCAAUACUUGUAACCGCUGUAAUAGCAUGUGCCUGUGGUUGCAAAAAAAAGAAACAACAACCAAGAAAACAAGCAUGUUUUUAAGGAGGCAAAGUAUUUUGUGUCAAGGGAAAUUAUAUAUAUAUAUAUAUAUAUAUAUAUAUAUAUAUAUAU